AUGGAAGUCGUAUCUAAGUCGGAAUAUUUCUAUUGGAUUUAUGGGAUGACCCACCUGGUAUCACCGGCAAGUCUCUACCCGCGUUACUUCUCUGAUGCCCCCAAGCUUGACAAAGCACUUCAUGAUCGUCUCACAAAACUCACCACACAAUCUCGCGUUGUAAUCCUCAUGAAGGGUAAUCCCCAGGAACCCCAGUGCGGUUUUUCUAACGCCGUGUGUAGAAUUCUCGAAGCACAUGGUGUACUGGACAAGAAGGAUCCUAAAACGGGCUCUCCAAUUGCCUCUUCAUUUAAUAUCCUAUCUGACGACAGCAUUCGCAAUGGUGCUAAGAUAUUCUCAGACUGGCCUACAUUUCCACAAGUCUAUAUAGACGGGGAAUUUAUAGGCGGCUGUGAUAUUCUCCUGGAUAUGCACCGCUCCGGGAAACUGGCGGAAGAGCUGGAAAAGUGGGGAAUCGGGUCUACGUUGAAAGGGGAGGAUACAAUGAAGUAA